AUAUGGUAGUCAAUGAGACGUACCCGAACGCAAACGCAGAAACAUUUCGAGUCCCAAGCUCUCAACUUUUCUAUCAAUGGCGCGCAGAAAAAGAAACCCAUCAUUUUACUUCUUCUCGUUCUGCAUAAUCUUUAUUGGGUUUUCUUAUUCUCAAACAGACACCAUAGAACAGGGUCAUGAGCUCAAACAUGGGAUGCAGUUGUUCUCAGCUUCUGGAAUUUUCAGGUUAGGAUUUUUCCAACUUGGGUCCUCAAAUUUUUAUUACGUAGGAAUAUGGUACAAUUAUAGAGAUAAUGACAAGCCAGUAUGGGUCGCAAACCGGAACAACCCAAUCAUGGACGAGUCGGGAACACUCGGAAUCGAUCAGUACGGAAACUUGAAGAUUUCCCACAGCGCCGGAGACCCCAUUAUUACGCUAUAUUCUGCUCAAGCUCCGAUAAAUGCCACAGCGACUUUGCUCGACUCUGGAAACUUUGUUCUACGAGAAUCGAGUCACGUAAAUCAAACGGAGCUGUGGCAAAGCUUUGACUAUCCUACUGAUACCCUUUUGCCAAAAAUGAAGCUCGGAUUUGACCGGAGAACUGGGCUCAAUCGGACUCUGACGUCUUGGAGGACUGAUGAUUUUCCUGCUUUGGGUUCCUUUACUCUUGCUAUAGAUUCCAUUGGUUCGGAGCAAAUGAUCAUGUGGUGGAGAGGCAGCAACUAUUGGGCUAGUGGGCCAUGGCGAGAUGGGUGUUUUGACUCGCUAAAAGACGAGUUCUGUAACCAUUACAGGUAUAACUUUAGCUAUAUAUCCAACGAGAAAGAGACCUACUUCAACUACUCUGUCAGUAAGGAAAUCACCAUUUUCCCUAGGUUCACGCUGAGCCCAAAUGGUGAAAUCGAGGGAUAUGGGAUGAAUCUCAUGUUUACAGAAGUUUCAUGUUUGAGUUCUUCUUCUUUACCACCUUCUUUGAGAUUUGGUUGCGUGAAGCAGAAGCUACCUUCCUGCAGAAACAGUAGUCGUUAUAAUAAAUUUGUGUCCAAAGUUGGAGCCAUGUCUCGAGCUGGGUUCAAGUUCAAUGAAAAUGACAAUCUGACAAUUGUUGAUUGCUGGGAAAAGUGCUUACAGAAUUGUUCUUGUGUUGCUUAUGCUUCUACAAAUGACAAUGGUACUGGCUGCGAGAUUUGGUCCAAAGAUUCGAGUUUUACUAAUAACAAUUUGGCUAGUUUGAGAGAGAUUCGCAUUCUUGAAUCCGGAGUACGAAUGUGGUGGAUAUGGCUAACGAUUCUAAUAGGAGGAACAGCAACUUUCCCAUUGGUGAUAUCAUCAUUGUAUGUUCUGUUGAAAAAAUGUAAGGCCAGAGGUAAUAGAGAAAGAACGGAACAUGACUUGUUAUUGCAAGAACUUGGCGAAGCUGGAAAACGUCAGAAAGGUGGGAAUGAGUUGCAGUUAUUCGGCUUUGAAAGAAUUUUCACUGCUACAAAUGGUUUCUCUGCUUCAAAUAAGCUAGGAGAGGGCGGCUUUGGACCCGUAUAUAAGGGGAAAUUUAUAGAUGGACAAGAAGUAGCAAUAAAAAGACUUUCGAAAAGUUCAGGACAGGGGCUAGUAGAAUUCAAGAAUGAGGCUUUAUUGAUUGCAAAACUCCAACACACUAAUCUUGUGAGGCUUUUGGGCUUUUGUAUUCAAGGACAGGAGAAAAGUCUCAUCUAUGAGUACAUGCCCAACAAAAGCUUAGAUCUCUUCCUGUUUGAUGAUAGGAGAAAGAGUUCGUUGACUUGGGAAAAACGGUUCAGCAUUAUUGAAGGGAUUGCUCAAGGACUAGUAUAUCUUCAUAAAUAUUCAAGGUUAAAAGUGAUUCACCGAGAUUUAAAAGCAAGCAACAUAUUACUUGAUAAAGAGAUGAAUCCAAAAAUAUCUGAUUUUGGCAUGGCUCGCAUAUUUGGGUUGAAUGUAUCAGAAGAAAACACAAACAGAGUUGUUGGAACAUAUGGAUACAUGUCGCCAGAGUACGCCCUCAAAGGCAUUGUAUCAGUAAAAACAGAUGUCUUCAGCUUCGGAAUCUUACUACUAGAGAUUAUAAGCGGAAAAAAGAACAACAGUCGGUAUCAUUUAGAGGACCACCUCAAUCUUAUUGGAUAUGCGUGGCAGCUGUGGAGUGAAGGUAGAGGUUUUGAGUUUGUAGAUCCAGCACUAGUUGAAUAUAGCUUUAGUGAAGCACUGACUGCCAUCCAUAUCGGGCUGUUGUGCGCACAAGAUCGCCCAGAUGACAGGCCAACCAUGCUCGAUGUCGUUUCGAUGAUAUCUAACGAUACUAGUCUACUACCCCCACCAAAACAGCCGACGUUUUUCAUCAGAGAUGUACUUAUGGAAGAUAUAGAGGUUGGAAUGCAGAAAACAGAGAAUUGUAGCUUAAACGACGUAACUAUGUCAGUGAUGGAAGCGAGGUAGACAGUAAAACGACACCCGGAUUGAGUUUGGAUACUUGAAAAGUUUUCCAAAGUGGCAAUAGAAAUCUAAAACCUUGAAAGCACUGAUGAAUAUCAUGCCACUAGUCACCCGAUCGAUGCGGAAUAUAAGCAGAAAACUGUUUGAUGGAUUUUUUUUUCUUAGUAAAAUUGUUUGAUAGAUUUGAGUAUGUUGAUUAAUUUGAAAAACGACUGAUAAAUUUAUACUAUUUUCAAUGAUA